AUUGGAAUCGUCACUUCCUGCCGGUAGCGGUGUGGACGGUGCGGGCCGUGGCCGGGCUUCUCCGAGUCUCCCCUUCCCCUGUUUUCCUUCCUCCCUCCCUCUCCCUCUUUCUGCGGCUGUGGGUGGCCCGUCGCAGACUCCCUGACCCAUCCCUAACCUUUUCCUAAUUUCGGUGUCACUGGAUUGGCCUCCUUUUUCUGUUUUCCGGUCCAGCCCCAGUGUCAGGGCGGGGGCCUUGAGGAGCCAGAGACGCUGCAACUGAGGAGAGAAAAGAAGGAGACGAGACCCCCGGCUCCCCAGCCCGCCAGCUUGGUUCGCCGCCGCCAUGGCAAUGAGGCAGACCCCGCUCACCUGCUCCGGCCACACGCGGCCUGUGGUUGAUUUGGCUUUCAGUGGUAUCACGCCUUAUGGCUACUUCUUAAUCAGCGCUUGUAAAGACGGUAAGCCUAUGCUACGCCAGGGAGAUACAGGAGACUGGAUUGGAACAUUUGUGGGUCAUAAGGGUGCUGUUUGGGGUGCAACAUUGAAUAAGGAUGCCACCAAAGCAGCUACAGCAGCUGCAGAUUUCACAGCCAAAGUGUGGGAUGCUGUCUCAGGGGAUGAAUUGAUGACCCUGGCUCAUAAACACAUUGUCAAGAGUGUGGAUUUUACGCAGGACAGCAAUUACUUGUUAACUGCGGGACAGGAUAAACUGUUACGUAUAUAUGACUUGAACAAACCUGAAGCAGAACCUAAGGAAAUCAGUGGUCAUACCUCUGGUAUUAAAAAGGCUCUAUGGUGCAGUGAGGAUAAACAGAUUCUUUCAGCUGAUGAUAAAACUGUCCGCCUUUGGGAUCACACUACUAUGACAGAAGUGAAAUCUCUAAAUUUUAAUAUGUCUGUUAGCAGUAUGGAAUAUAUUCCUGAGGGAGAGAUCUUGGUAAUAACUUACGGCCGAUCUAUUGCUUUUCAUAGUGCAGUAAGUUUGGACCCAAUUAAAUCCUUUGAAGCUCCUGCAACCAUCAAUUCUGCAUCUCUUCAUCGUGAGAAAGAAUUUCUUGUUGCAGGUGGUGAAGAUUUUAAACUUUAUAAGUAUGAUUAUAAUAGUGGAGAAGAAUUAGAAUCCUACAAAGGACACUUUGGUCCUAUUCACUGUGUGAGAUUUAGUCCUGAUGGAGAACUAUAUGCCAGUGGUUCUGAAGAUGGAACAUUGAGACUAUGGCAAACUGUGGUAGGAAAAACAUACGGCCUUUGGAAAUGUGUGCUUCCUGAAGAAGAUAGUGGUGAGUUGGCAAAGCCAAAGAUCAGUUUUCCAGAGACAGCGGAAGAGGAGCUAGAAGAAAUUGCUUCAGAGAAUUCAGAUUCCAUCUAUAGUUCGACUCCUGAAGUGAAGGCCUGAGUAUCAGGCAUAUGCCACAGAUAGUAUACAACCUGCGGACUGAAACAAGCAAGCAGAGAAUAGCAUCAGCUUUCCAGAGUUACUCUCUGUUUAAGACAAACAUGAGCAGUACAUAAUGAGGGAUAUUAAUUAGCUCCAGUUUGGGAACUAACUUGGUGUUACCUGUAAGUGAAAAUGCAGGAGUAUCAGAUGAAGGCAAGAGGAGGUAUGCUCAUGUAGUACAAUGGCGUGUUGUCUUUUUAAUGAAUAUGUGCCAGCCAACAUCCAAUUUCUCUUAUUACAAUUAGAUUUCUUGUAGCUGUUCAUGUUAUUAUGGAGAACAAAAAUAUAUUGACAUAUUUUUCUGACUUUUCCCUUAAAGCAGAAAGCCUGUUUUUGCUUUGGUUGUAAAGAAGAGGGAAUACAUGAUAAAGGAACUGGUUUGAUUUCUGUUUCAUUGUAUGCUGCUUCUGAACAUCUAAUUGUUUUUAGUUGUCAAAUAAAAUGCCUCUAAAACAAAA